AUGUCUAUCCCAGCAACUCAGAGAGCCGUGGUGGUUGAGGAGAUUGGUGGCCCCGAGGUUCUCCAGUUCAAGUCCGACUGGGCUGUCCCACAGCCAACCGAAGGCCAGGUCCUCGUGAAGAACGAGAUUUCCGGCAUCAGCUAUACCGACACAUACUUCCGCACCGGUCUCUACCCAUCACCAAAGCCUGAGGUCCUGGGCAGAGAAGCAGCCGGCACAGUUGUGGCGCUCGGGCCGAAGACGGAGGAGUUCAACCUCAAGGUCGGCGACAGAGUCAUUUGGCUCGCCAAUGCUGGUUAUGCUGAGUACUCUGCGGUUCCAGCAGCCAAGACCCUCAAGCUUCCAGAUACCGUGUCUUACGAAGAUGCCACUGCCAGCUUCAUGAGUGGUCUGACAGUGCUGGCUCUCGCCAGGGAGACCUACACAGUCCAGCCUGGUGACUGGGUUUUGCUUCAUGCGGCGGCAGGCGGUGCUGGGUUUUUGAUGACGCAACUGCUCAAGCACGUCGGUGCCAAGGUCAUUGGUACAGCUGGUGGCCCAGAGAAGGUUGAAUUGGUCAAGAGCCUCGGUGCGGACCAUGUCAUUGACUACAGGAGCGAGGAGGGCAAGGACGGGGUCAAGACAGUGAUGGACAUUCCUGGUGGGAGAGGCGUCGAUGUGUCUAUGACUCUGUUGGAAAGGACACAUGGGAGGGCAGUUUGGCCGUUGUCAAGAGGAAAGGGACCAUAG